UUAACAGUUUAGACAGUGAAAAGUGCCUUAUAAUUGUGUAAGAAUAGAAAUUCUUUCAUUUCACGAUCAUUACUUUUCAUAGUAAGUGUAGAAUAGAAAAAUGUCAUUUCGGGGUCGUGGAGGUGGCGGAUUUGGAAGAGGUGGUGGAGGUGGAUUUCGUGGUGGAAGAGGCAGAGGAGGAUUUCGAGGAGGACGUGGUGGUGAUAGAGGAGGAAGAGGGUUUGAUCAGGGUCCACCAGAAGAGGUGACUCCCUUAGGUCACUUCACAUGGACAGUCCAAGAUGAUUUAGUUGCUAAAGUAGAUAUAGAGCAAGUACCUUUCUUCAAUGCUCCAAUUUAUACAGAAAACAAACAACAAAUUGGAAAAAUAGAUGAAAUAUUUGGUAAUAUUAGGGAUUAUUAUGUGUCCAUAAAACUUUCAGAUAAUAUGAAAGCAUCUAGCUUCCAGAAAGAUACACAGUUAUUCAUUGACCCUGCAAAGUUAUUACCUUUGCAAAGGUUUCUGCCUAAAGCUCCUGGUACAGUACAAAAAAGAGGAGGUGGUGGACGAGGAAUGAGAAGGGGCGGCGGAGGUGGUGGUCGCGGUGGUCGAGGUAGGCCAUCAUUUGGACGUGGUGGUUUCGGAAGUAGGGGCGGUGGAGGUGGAGGCGGUGGGUUCAGAAGCCGCGGAGGAGGAGGAUUUGGACGCAAUGAUAGAGGUCAUGGCAGAGGAAAGUGGUAGAAGAGUAGACUAUGAUGAAUUUUUAUGUAAAGACAUUAUAUUAUAAGAAUACCUUAAUUUCAUUAAACGGACUAAAAUAUGGACAAUUAUUAGUAUGUAAUCAAAAAAAGAGAAACAUAAU